UUUUACUGUAAUUCAUAAGUAAAUAAAAGACGUAACCAUCGAGUGAUUGAAUGGUCAAAGAAUUGUGGAUCAAAUUAAAUGGUUAAAAGACUUUUGUUGCGAUCAGUAGAAGGAAUCGCUAAUCGAUUCAAUGAUAUUAUCUACAAAUCACCCAAAGAUGUCACAUAUAAUACACACAACCGACACAUUGUCUGCUACUUCGGCGGUGAUAUUCAGGACUUGAAAGACAAUAUGUGUGACAACAAUGAAGAAAAUGUCGGAUUUGUUGACUUCUGUCUCGAGAAUGUCACCGAUCUUUUGGCCGACAGAUUCACAUCAAGUCAUGUGUUUGUAAUUCGCGCCAAUCGUUUCGGAUCUAAGACUUACGCUAUUUAUGAUAACUUCGUGGACAGCAAUUCAUUUGGAUGUCCUAAACAUUGUUUUACUAAAGAGUCGUUAAUACACUUUAGACUACUUCUACUCAAUUGUUUCAAUCAAUUAAAUCUUGACUUCAGACUUGAAAAAGAUAAUAAAUUAACGAUAAUUGGUUUCAGCAAAGGAUGUGUUGUUUUAAAUCAAUUUUUAUAUUCAUUUUGUUUGAGUUUAGAAGAUAUCAACUUAAAAGAUAUGAUAUCAACAAUAAGUGAUAUGUAUUGGUUAGAUGGCGGACAUUCGGGAAGUGCUAACACUUGGAUCACUGCAGAACCGGUCCUCAAGAAUUUGGCUGAACUUCAAAUUCAAGUCCAUAUUAAUGUCACUCCAUAUCAAGUGAUGUGUCCAUUGAGGACAUGGGUUGCCAAAGAAGAAAAUUUGUUUUUUAAUACAUUGACCCGAUUUGGCGGUAAAGUUCAAAGAGUUCUUCACUUUGCCGAUGAAGACAAGUCAUUGAAAAUGCAUUUUAAUGUUUUAAAGCAUUUUAUUUGAGAUAUUAAUAUUAAAGUGAUAUAUGAUAUCAAA